GUCGCUGUCUGCUGUUUCUUUCUUUGCGGCGAUGAGGCGGCUCCUGCUUCUCGCCGUGCUGUUCUUGGCGGUGUACGGCUGCGCGGCGGAAGGGGAGGCCGGCGAGGGCUCGGCAGCGGCGGCGCCGGGGGAGGCGGAGGCGGAGGAGGCGCCGAUGGAGGAGAAGGAGAAGCGGGCCCUGUACGCCGCCAUCGAGAGCUUCGUCGGCAAAGGGUGGAACGGCUCCGGUCUCUUCCCUGACCCCUGCGGCCAGACUCCCAUCCAGGGGGUGUCAUGUGACCUCUUCAAUGGCCUGUGGUACCCGACAGUGAUGAGCAUCGGUCCAGUGCUCGACAACUCGCUGCAGUGUGCUCCGGACGCCAAGUUCAGCCCGCAGCUGUUCGACCUCCGGCGCCUCAAGAGCCUCUCCUUCUACGCCUGCUUCCCGGCGGCCAACCCCACGCCGAUCCCGGCGACCAACUGGGACAAGCUCGCCGGCAGCCUGGAGACGCUCGAGUUCCGCACGAACCCGGGCCUCACCGGCGCCAUCCCGGCCGCCCUCGGCCGCCUGGCGGGCCUCCAGUCCCUGGUCGUCGUCGACAACAACCUCACCGGCGCCGUGCCGCCGGAGCUCGGCGCGCUGGCGAGGCUGCGGAGGCUCGUGCUGUCCGGGAACGGGCUGUUGGGCCCGGUGCCGGCGACGCUCGGUGGGCUCAAGGGGCUGCUCAAGAUGGACCUGAGCAACAACCUGCUCGAAGGGAGCGUCCCGCCGGAGCUCGCGGGGCUCGAGAGCCUCACGUUGCUCGACCUCCGGAACAACAGCAUCACCGGCGGGCUGCCGGAGUUCGUGCAGGGGAUGGCCUCGCUGCAGGACCUGCUGCUGUCGAACAACCCAAUCGGAGGGAGUCUGUUGCGGUCCGGCUGGGAGAAGAUGGCGAGCCUCGCCACGCUGGACCUUUCCAAUGCCGGCUUGGUCGGGACCAUCCCGGAGUCCAUGGCGGCGAUGCCCAGGCUGCGGUUCCUGGCGCUCGACCACAAUCGCCUCUCCGGCGCUGUGCCGGCCAAGCUCGCGGCCAUGCCGAGCAUCGGCGCCAUGUACCUCAACGGCAACAACCUGACCGGUGCGCUGCAGUUCUCGGCCGGGUUCUACCAGAGGAUGGGCAGCAGGUUCGCCUCCUGGGACAACCCCGGCUUGUGCUAUAGCAGUGCCACCGCCGGCGACGAUGCGCCCAGUGGCGUGGCCGUGUGCAAGGACGUGCAGGAGCCGCCCAGCGUCGGCGUGAGGGACAGGGUGGAUGGGACUGGGAGGAAGCCCGAGGCGAGCUCCAGCCUGCAGGCGUCAUCCUCAUCCUCAUCGGGCCGCUCUGCUGCCAUGCUCACUGGACUCUGGUGCUUGGUGCUUAUGGUCAUGGUGUGUAGGCAACAAGUUUAG